AUGCAUAUCCGAGAGAAGCUUGCGAAGAAUGAGGCGGAAGGGAAGACCGGUAUCUCGUUCGAGUUCUUCCCUCCCAAGACCGCCCAGGGUGUUCAGAACCUCUAUGACCGAAUGGACCGCAUGCAUGGAAUGGGUCCAUCCUUCAUCGACAUCACCUGGGGUGCUGGUGGCCGCCUAUCGGACCUGACCUGCGAGAUGGUCAGCGUAGCACAAUCGGUCUACGGAUUAGAGACAUGUAUGCACUUGACCUGCACGGACAUGCCUCUCGAGAAGGUCGACCAGGCACUCCAGUCUGCCUACAAGGCUGGCUGCACCAACAUUCUGGCUCUCCGCGGUGACCCACCCCGAGAGAAGGAGACAUGGGAAGCCACCGAAAAUGGGUUCCGCUAUGCGAAGGACUUGGUGAAAUACAUUCGGGACAAGUACGGCAACCACUUUGACAUUGGUGUUGGUGGCUACCCCGAGGGUGCCGAUGACAACUCCGACGUGGAUCAAUUGAUUGAUCACUUGAAGGAGAAGGUGGAUGCUGGAAGUACCUUUGUGGUGACUCAGAUGUUCUACGACGUGGAGAACUUCAUUAGCUGGGUGAACAAGUGUCGUGCCAAGGGCAUCACCGUCCCCAUCAUCCCUGGCAUCAUGCCCAUUCAAACAUACGCCGCAUUCAUUCGCCGGUCAAGCUGGACUAAGAUCCGUGUUCCUCCUCAAUGGAUGGAGGCUCUUGAGCCCGUCAAGAAUGACGAUUCUGCGGUUCGAGACAUCGGAAAGUCUUUGAUCGCUGAAAUGUGCCGACAGUUGAUCGCUGCUGGCAUCAAGCACUUGCAUUUCUACACCAUGAACUUGGCUCAAGCAACUAGGUUGGUCCUCGAGGAGCUUGACCUUUGCCCCUCAGAAGAUUCCCCCAUUCAACGUGCACUUCCUUGGCGGCCUUCCCUUGGUCUGGGCCGCCGCUCAGAGGAUGUGCGACCAGUAUUCUGGCGCAACCGAAACUCAUCAUACGUGGCUCGCACCCAGACUUGGGACGAGUUCCCCAACGGUCGCUGGACCGACUCUCGCUCCCCUGCAUUCGGUGAGCUUGACGCAUACGGUGUUGGCCUGAAGGGCACGAACGAGCAGAACAUCAAGUUGUGGGGCGAGCCAAAGUCGAUCAAGGAACUUUCGGAUAUCUUUGUGCGAUUCUUGACCGGCAAAUUGGACCGCUUGCCUUGGAGUGACUCACCCAUCACAACCGAGGCCCACGAAAUCCAGAGCGACUUGCUCAAGCUGAACGAGCGGGGUUUCCUGACCAUUAAUUCUCAGCCUGCCGUCAACGGAGUCAAGUCUUCUCAUCCUGUCUACGGCUGGGGUCCCAAGAACGGUUUCGUCUACCAGAAGGCGUACUUGGAGCUUUUGGUCCCUUCAAACCUGAUUGACGAGCUCAUCACCCGCAUCGAGAACAACGACGACCUGACCUACCACGCCACCAACAAGAAGGGUGAGCUCAAGACCAACACCCGUGACAGCCCCAAUGCCCUCACAUGGGGUAUCUUCGCUGGACGAGAGAUCAUUCAACCCACCAUCGUCGAGACAGUCAGUUUCUUGGCUUGGAAGGACGAAGCUUACCUGCUCGGUGAGCACUGGUCCAAGUGUCACGACGCAGCAAGCCCCAGUCGCAAGCUUCUCCAGCACGUGAUGGAUGACUGGUACCUUCUCAACAUCGUCGACAACGACUUCCACCGAUCUAACGCCGUCUUCGAAUUAUUCGAUGGCCUUGAAAUCAAGGAUCUCAAUGUCGAGUUCCCCGGAAAGCCCUCAACCAACGGCACUACGGAAACAAACGGCGUUACUGCCAACUGA